CAUACCUCUAAGUAUGACAUAUGACAUUUAAGCAAUAUAACAUACACAUAAUAUUUUAAAGGUAUAUAAACAAAUUGUUACGGAAUAUAGUUUAAAGUAAAUGUCAGUAGUUCGCCCACUUGUUUUCCCCGUCAAAUAACGAUAUACAUAUGUACAUACAUAAAUACUUACAACAGCACACGAGAGCAUACAAACAACGCCCUCGUUCUGUUCCCCUUUGUACUUGUACAAGAUUUUAUAGCUAUAGUGUUUGGAUCCGCCGCCCGUACCGCACCGCAUAUCGUUCACAUGUUGCGCAGUGCGCAAGCCAGUCAUCCAAACAACCAACCAUCGCCCCAUUCCAUUCAUUCAUACAUUCGGUAGCGCAGCACCAACGCCAGUGUUGCUGCUGUACAAUUUAACUCCCACUUCAUCUCACACGCUACAAGUUGUUUCUGCUGCCGAGCAGCAGCUGUAACGAAUUGCCUGUUGAAACUUUUUUUUGUUCCAUUGUGCUCAUAUUGUUCUCUGUUAGCAAUAACGACGAAAUAGUGCCACAAAAAAAUUUCAAAUGCAUUAAAUUGAAACCAAAACUUAAUUGCACCAAAAGAAAUAUUUUAUUGCGCGCACAAUGUGACGUAGUCAGUAAAUUGAAGUUGUAGCUUCAAAUCAACAGUCGACGGUCAGACUGAUUGCUGACUGACUGCUGAAUGCCGCCCUAGAAAGUAAACAUUAUAAACUAACAACAACUACAAAAUAAUAACAAAAACGGACUAAAGCAAAGCUAUAAGUGGAAAUUAAAACCGACAAUGAUGGCCAUAACAGCAGCGGCAGCAGCGACAGCUUAGUAUUCAGCAUAUACACAAACAUACGUACUGGAAGAAGUGCAAGUACUGUUGAAGAAAGUCUCGAGUCUCCAAUGCAGCCAAAGUCAUCUGCAUAUUAACUGCAACAAACACACACACACAUAUAGCGCAUUCGCAUACAUACAGACAUAUGUACAAAUAUACAUAUUAGUGUGUGUGAAAAGUGCGACGAAAGCGCUGUGCAGAGAAUUUUCAAGCUUAACGCACUUGCAGCACAACUAGCCGUAGGUGUGUGAUAAAGUGAAAUACAUAUCAGACACAGUUUUAAUGCAUUCACGUUAUCAACGUGGCCAACAACAACAGCGACAAGCACAUCAGCAAAACAUAAUCAUAAUAUAUUUAACUGCAUUAGAAAACUCAUAAAUUUAGAAGAAAAAAACAGUAAAUAUUUACAUUAGUGGCACCGUAAGUGCCAAGUUUGCGACAAUAUUAACAGCUAAAGUGAUAUUUGUUGGCAACUAAUGGAUCCAUAUCAUCAUAUCAGACAUCAUUAUCCACCCACGCGUCCCGAAUUGCAACAAAAAUGCAAUCGCGGCUCACAUUCGAGUGACACGAGCUCAGCGUACAGUGGCAGCGAUACAAUGGCGUCUGUGUACGGCUCCUCAAUGGAUGCGGAGGAGAUCGAUCUCUCCGGUUUGGUGGAGUCGGUGGUGGACUCCGAUGAGGAGGACUUGGCGGAGAGUAUGGAUAGUCUAAAUGUGCGCGAUGCGGUGCGUGAUUGCCUGGAGAAAGAUCCCUCCGAACGCACAGAGGAAGAUGUCGAAAUACUGCUGGAAUUCACACAAGGCUUGAAGGCCUUCACCAAUAUAACGUUGGCGGUGCGACGCGCACUCUGCGCCGUCAUGGUGUUUGCUGUAGUCGACAAAGCAGGCACCGUGGUGAUGUCCGAUGGUGAAGAGCUCGAUUCGUGGUCGGUGCUUAUAAAUGGCGCCGUAGAGAUUGAGCAUGCGAAUGGCACGCGUGAAGAACUGCAAAUGGGUGAUUCCUUUGGCAUACUACCCACCAUGGAUAAGCUAUAUCAUCGUGGUGUAAUGCGUACCAAAUGUGACGAUUGUCAGUUCGUUUGCAUAACACAAACCGAUUACUAUCGCAUACAGCAUCAGGGUGAGGAGAAUACGCGACGACACGAAGAUGAGGAUGGGCGCAUAGUAAUGGUCACCGAAUUGCGUCAAAUCGGCAGCAAUGAACAUGGUGCAACGGGUAGUAAUGCGAGCGCUGCUAGCGCCGCGGGCAUGAAACGUGGUCAUGUGGUGAUACGCGGCACACCCGAACGUUUGCUGCAACAGUUGGUGGAGGAGAAUUCAAUGACUGAUCCGACAUAUGUGGAGGAUUUUUUGCUCACACAACGUAUUUUCAUCAAAAACCCACAAGAGGUAACGCAAAAGCUGCUCGCCUGGUUCGAGAGUGAUGCCGAGCCGCCAAAGGGCAGUACAGCGUCACCACAAGAGAUACGCGACCGUGUCACACGCGUCGUCUUGUUGUGGGUGAACAAUCAUUUUACCGAUUUUGAGGCUGAUCAUGAAAUGAUGGAGUUCCUGGAGGUAUUCGAGGCUGGUUUGGAGCACACCCGACUGCUGAGUCAGCUGCGUUUGCUGCAUAUAGCGUGUGCGGCCAAAGCGCGCAUGCGCAGCUGUACAUUGACACGUUCGUCACGUGAUGAACCUUUAAACUUCAAUAUUAUUGGCGGUUAUGAGAUGCGCGGUAUUACCGCAGCAACUGGCGGUGGCGGUUGUGGCAUAUACAUAGCACAUGUAGUGCCCGGUUCGAAGGCGCAAGAUGUGGGUCUCAAGCGUGGCGAUCAAAUACACGAGGUGAACGGUCAGUCCUUCGAACAUGUGACGAGUAAACGUGCAAUGGAAAUACUAAUGGGUAGCACACAUCUGAGCAUAACGGUAAAAAGCAAUCUGCUCGGCUUCAAAGAGAUGAUGUUGGCAAUUGAACAAGGUGGUAAUGGUAGCAGUGGCAGCAAUGGUGCCGGCACGCCUAUCGGUAGUGGCAGCGGCAGCAGUGGCGGCUCACUUGGCAGCAAAUCCCUGCGUAGUCCACGUCGUAUAUGCGCCAACGACAUUGCCAAGUUACAUGGCCGCUGUAUGUUGGACGAUAUGACCACCACAAAUCGUUCGCAUAUGCUGCGACUCAGCUCAGUCGAUAUGUUAUUGCCCACGGACCAAACAGACUGUUGUCCGCCAGCCACACCGCCACCGGUUAUGCCGCAACAGCCGAGCAGCGGCGGUGGUAAUAUGGCCAGUAAUUUUAUGUCGAAUCUUUUGCAAAGUGUUAGUAAUGCAUCGGCGCGCAAGGACUCGCAAGCCAAUUGCAAUGACGGCGGUGGCGGCUCCAAAGGUGGCGGUUUUAUGACGCUUGCGCCGAGACGUCGCAUACAAAAAGCGCUGGCGAAAAUGAAUUUGUUGCAGCACAAAAGCAUCGGUGGCGCCGGUUUGAAUGAUUCUGUCGAUAUAGCCACGCCCACGGAGACGAUGUCACAAAAAGCCGGCAAACUGACCACUUCCUCUUCCAGUUCCUCAUCUACCUGCGGCGGUGUUGGCGGCGGUAAUCGCCUAUACCAAUCGCAAUCCAAUCCGGAUUUGAGUUCAUCACUGCUGUAUGAAGACGCCACUUCUUUAACAACCAGCACUGCUACAGCGCCGACGCCAACACCCAACUAUCUGACUGCCUCCAUGCAUCGGCCAUCGGCCGUUUCCACAACAAGCUCCGCUAUGCUGCCCGAUUACCCCGAGCAUGUGUUGAAAGUCUUCAAAGCCGAUCAGUCAUGCAAGUAUUUGCUCAUCAAUAAGGAGACGACGGCGCACGAAGUUGUUAUGUUGGCGCUGCAAGAGUUCGGCAUACAUGACCCCAGCUCGAAUUAUUCGCUUUGUGAGGUUAGCGUCGGUGAGGGUGGCAUGGUGAAACAACGUCGCCUACCCGAUCAACUGCAGAACUUAGCCGAGCGUAUUGGUUUUGCAGCGCGCUACUAUUUGAAAACAAACGGCAGUACCGAGACACUGGUGCCCGACGAAUUGGCGCUCGAGUUGGUGCGUGAGUCGAGUGUGCAUUUUCUGCAGCUGAACGCCUACGAGUUGGCCAUACAAUUGACACUGCAAGACUUCGCCAUCUUUCGGCAAAUCGAAUCGACUGAGUAUAUCGAUGAUCUGUUCAAUCUGAAGACGAAAUACGGUGUACCAAUGUUAACGAAAUUCGCCGAACUCGUUAAUCGUGAAAUGUUUUGGGUCGUCACCGAGAUCUGCAGUGAACAUAAUAUUGUGCGUCGCAUGAAAAUUGUCAAGCAAUUCAUAAAGAUUGCGCGUCACUGCAAAGAGUGUCGCAACUUCAAUUCCAUGUUCGCCAUCAUAUCGGGACUCGGACAUGCGGCUGUGUCACGCUUGCGUCUUACCUGGGAAAAACUGCCGUCUAAAUAUCAACGGCUCUUCUCCGACUUGCAGGAUCUCAUGGACCCCUCACGCAACAUGUCAAAAUAUCGCCAACUUGUCUCUUCCGAGCUGCUCGCACAACACCCCAUCAUACCGUUCUAUCCGAUUGUGAAGAAGGAUCUCACCUUCAUUCACCUAGGCAAUGACACGCGUAUCGAAGGUCUCAUUAACUUUGAAAAAUUACGUAUGCUCGCCAAAGAGGUGCGUCUACUAACGCAUAUGUGCUCAUCGCCCUACGAUCUGCUCGCCAUACUCGAACUUAAAGGUCAAUCACCCUCGAAUGCGCUCUUCUCGCUCAAUCAGCUGUCCACUUCACAAAAUGCCGGCGGCACACACAGCACCGUUAUCGCCGCUAAUGCCGGCCAAUCGACUAUAAAGCGUCGCAAAAAGUCUACAGCGGCACCGAAUCCAAAGAAAAUGUUCGAAGAGGCACAAAUGGUGCGUCGCGUCAAGGCAUACCUGAAUAAUUUGAAAAUCAUCAGCGAUGAGGAUGCACUGCACAAAUUCUCGCUUGAAUGCGAACCGGCAUCCAAUUCACAAACACACGGCAGCAGCGGCGGUAGUACGCGUGGUGAGAGCGGUUUGGGUCGCGAUGGCACCGGCAACUCAUCGACACGUAGCGGUGAUCAGCUGAGCAUCUAUUCGCACACGUCAUCCUCAUCGGCACCGAAUUCAUCGUUGUCGCUGCGCAAACGUCAUCCCUCAUCGCCCACACUCUCCACCACCAGCUCCACAUCGUCGACCAGCGAUCAUCAUAAUCGUCGCAAUAUGGCGCACAAUAACAACUCAAAAUUUGGCAUCGCCUCACCGCAAGCCGUCAAAAAGAUACUGGCGCUAUCCGAUCCGACGAAAGUGCGUCCACAUCAGCCGUUUACAGCGCGUCAUUCCGGCAUGCCACCACCACCGCCACCAUUGCUAGUUAAUACGCCGCAUCAUAUGCUUGCGCAUGCGUACAGCAACACCCCAGCGGGCAUGCCUUUAACUGCCGCUACUGGCACUUCCACAACGCCAAGUCCGUGUACGCAUCGACGUCUGGCAUCCGGCAGCAAUUCAAUGCCAACAGGUAAUAUGGUACCCGUGCGGGCCAUACAUGAACGUUCAAAUUCGGAUACGCCAACGCCACCAUUACCAUCUGUUGAUCUCUCAGUUGAAAGCAGCAGCGUUACCACAUUUCGAGACUUGCCUUUGCGCAAAUCUGUGACUUCGGGCUCGGUGUCAUCCAGCGACAGCGGACACGGCUCAUAUGCACAACAACAUGACACCAGUAGCUCGGUUUACACCGCCGCCGAUUGCCGACUGCUCCAGCAAAUCUCCAAUACGGCGGCACGCAAUUUGAGCGGAAGCGGCGUCGCUGGCAACAGCAGCAGCAGCAGCAGUAAUAGUAGUAGCGGCAGCAAUGGCAGCGCACCAACUACACCGGUACCACCACCGCCACCGUAUCACAUGUUGCGCAGCGCUGCACACAAUGCCGCCAAUAGCAUGUAUCACGCGAAUGCAACAAGUGCGGCACCGUUGCCGCCACCGCCCUACACGCGCUUGCAUUGUGGUGAGACCAUGGUUGCGCCGAUGCAUCCAGCACACACACGACAUUCCAAUAUGCAUGGUGGCACUCCGAGUUUCGUUGAUGGCAACAACAAAUGCCCAAUGUGUCCGACAAUGUCGCCACCAUCAAAUAUGAAUCAGUAAAGUGUUUGAAAAACAUGUUUUGAGAUUAUGUGUAAUUUUUAGAUUUAGGAUUAAAAAAAAAAACAAAAAUGCCAAAACUACUUUUUGGUUGUGUUGAAAAUACAAAUAAAUGACAACCAAACUAUUUUAGAACAACAACAAACAAAAACACACUGAAAACCAAAUUGACUGCAAAUUAUUUAUACCCACAAAAUAAGCCAAUCUGUUCUUCCUAUUCGGUAAUGAGAUGCUAAAUGAAACUUUGUCGUCCAUUGAAAGUGAAAAAUGCAAACAAAAAAGCCUACUCCGCAAGAUGCCACCACCGUUUUUGAACGUAAUAUACACAAAUAUUUAUUUUCGUAUAUAUUUAACUGAGACUAAAGCAAAGUAGCCAAAUGAGAGAAAGUAAAACAUACCUAUACACAUAUGUAUAUGCUGACAGUAAGAAGUGCAAAAAAAAUUAAAAAGUUGAUGAAAGCAAACUAAGUGUUUUAAAAUUAAAGAAUUGCUUGUUAAAGUAUAUAAGACAUGCGUAUAUAUGUACAUAAGUAUAUAGCUAAAGUAAGAAAAUUUAUUGAAAGGAAAGAAAUUACUAAAAACUACACUGAUACACACUUACACACUUACCUUUAUAGACACACCCACAUAAUCAAUGGCAUUUGUGCGAUCUUUUAUAUAAUGUAUACAUAAUAUAUUUACAAAAACAACUAUUUUUUUCUUUUAAGUUUUAUUGCUAUGAAAAGUAAUAUAUUUAUACUUUCUACUAUAACUUUUUACCUUUUUGAAAGUAAAUCCCAAAAAACACAAAAAAUAUUUAAUUAAAAUAAUAAUGAUUCCAAAAUUAUUUUAUUGCUAAUAAAAAAUAGUUAGUUGUAAGUUAAGGUUUAAUAAAUCAAAGUGAUUUUAAUUUUUUGUUUAUUUUUUAGUUUUUGCUUAUAAUUAAAAUGAAAUACUGCGCUUUUAGCACGCUACUUUUAAUAUAAUUAAUCAAUAUUGUCUUUUUGUCGCAUUGUAUUUUAGGUAUGUAAAGAAAACACAAAUAAAAAAUAAAUAUAAAUAUUUAAAGUUGCUAAAAAACAAGUGCACAUUGUGAAAAAUAUUAAAUAAUUAAAGUAAAAAAUGACAAAUAUUAAAUGUACGCAAGUAUUUACCGCCAAAUCAAGAGCCAGUACCACCGAUGGCUCUGUGCGAAAAACAAACACACUUUUGUUAGGCUAAUGAGAAGCCUUUGAAAAUGGUAAAACUGAAAAAAAUUCAUAGUAGUAUAAAACCCAUUGGAAAUGAAAGUUAGUGUAACAAAAAUGUAAGAAACAAUAAUUUACGGGCGAUUUGAGGUCAGGCCGAGGAAGAAAGCGUAGAAAUUUGAACGGUUUAAACUGGUUUAUGCCGAUUUCCGGCAUAACAGCGAGUUCUAUAGAAAAAAUUUAUAUGGAAAAGUUGCAGGUAAUGAAAAGUUCUAAAUUUUUUGUACUAAAAACUUUUUCACAUAACCUCAAAAUGUGUGUAAAAAAUUCAAUUAACCAUUAAAAUCCAAAUUUUCAACCUUUUAUGCAUUUUUUUUGCGAAAAAUUGCCGCAGUUUUUUAUACUAUCUCAAGACAGAGAUUUCAUUUAACCUAAAAUUACUUUUGUACUGAGACAUUUUUCACAUAACCUCAAAAAUUAAGUGAAAAAUUCGAAUAAGCAAUUUCGGCUAAAUUCUAUAGAAAAACUUUAUAUGGCAAAGUGCAGUUAAUAAAAAUUUCUAAAUCUUUUUUACUAACAGCUUUUUCACAUAACCUCAAAAUUGGUAUGAAAAAUUCAAAUAACCAUUAAAAUCCAAAAUUUUGUACAUUUUAUGAAUUUUUUGGCGAAAAAUUAGCGCAGUUUUUUAAAACCGUCUCAAAAUAUAUUUUCUAAAAAAAAAAU